AGAAGAUCGGCGUGUGGCACUUGGGUAGUGUUACUUGUCAGAUCGACGGAUGUGUGGAGUGGACGACGAGUAGAAUAGACCGAUUUUGACCUAAAAAGUGUAAGUUGUACGUUCAAUCUUGCGUUUUUUUUUGGAUCGUUGAAUAGCACUUUUAUUUGUCUAAACCAAUAGGAGAGUAAUCAAAAUUCGCUUUAAAGGAUUCGAGAUAAGAAGAAAUACGUUAAAAUAUGUCAAAAAUUUAACACAAGAAUUUCUACACAAAAAUUCAUUUCAAUAUAAAAAAUGUUUUUUAUUGUGUUUAGUAUAUUAAAAAAUUAACAAGAAUUUGUACUUGGAUCGAUUUCAACACGAAUACAAAAUGAUUUUUAAUGUGUAAUAAUGAACAAACAUGUUUCGAUCGGAAAAAACAGAACUUUUGAUUCUUAUAACCGAAUUUAUUUCACAGGGAUUAGAAAUUUUGUUCGUUCAUUGUCAGGUUAAUUCAGUCAAACUUUUCUCCGUAUACAAUGAUAAGAAGUAGAAAUACGAGAAAAAUGAUUAGAAUUUACUCAAAACAGUAUUUUAUAUAAAAUACAAUAUGAAAAAAAUGUAACUUUUAAAAAAAUUAUAUUGUUGCUGCCACAAUAUAACAAAAAAUUUAGAUUAAUCUGUGCAAAUGUAAUGGUUAAAAUUCAGUACAAAAUAUUUGCUUCAUAAAUGUAAUUAAAAGAAUUGCAAAGUCUCUAUAAAUUGAUUGUCUCACGUGAUGACACGACAGUGACAUGGAAAUUUAUUUGCGCUUUUUUAUCUCGCUUACUUCUCACAUCUUCUGCUCGGAUUCUAGGCUUUAAUCGUAUCACGUCGAUUUUAAGCUUUCAAGAGUUCAGUGAAAUGCCCUAAAAUAGCAAGGCAUUUAUAUUUGAGGAUCUUAUUUGGAUAUUGUUUAUCGUGACUCUCUUUCCCCCUUCUUGACGGUUUGCUCCUGUUAUCCGUCGCGAGUUUCGCGAGGAAGUCUCGUGCUAUUCUUUGCGACGGAGAUCAAUCUCGCGUCGCAGUGUUCGGUUCACGAGCAAUAUCGACGGACUCGUCCUUGAACUCCCGCACGAGCGAGUGCGUUCAGUAACACAACGGUGAUCCCAUUCUGUCGCAAUAUCGUCGCGCGGAAUCACGGGAACGGAUCGGAACACGAGUGAGAAACCGUCGAGAAAUAUCGGCGAACCAAAAUAGUAAAGUCGACGGGUAAAAUAGAAUCGCGUUGUACCUCCAGAGCGAGUCGCCCGUUUGAUUAAUUCUUCACCAAGCACGCGUCCGUCUUUUAUCUGGGGACACGAGUUUCCGAUGACUGACGCGCACAGCGAGCACCAAUCGUCGUGGGAGAAAAGCCGAUUUGUCCUUCGGUGUGUUUCACAGAAAUUUCACCCGCGAGUCUGACUCUACUUGAACGCAUUAAACAUUAUUUUAACAACUAUUGCGUCGCUGUGAGUUGCACCGUGAUGCCAGAAGAUGCUACAGAUGACGACGUUGUUUUCACAUUGUCACUUGAGUUUGGACGGUAGAUCCUGCAAGGACGAGAUCUACAGGAUGAGCAUCGGGGCCGCGUACAGCGAAGGCAAUUUGAACUUCGCCACGGCCUCGGAGGAUGACGAAGUUUACACGAAGAAGAAGGUCUCCAGGCAAGAUCCGAUGUCACACAGGAUCAUCGAGAAGCGCAGGAGAGAUCGUAUGAACAACUGCUUAGCUGACCUCAGCAGACUCAUACCAGCGGAGUAUCUGAAGAAGGGCCGAGGCAGGGUUGAGAAAACUGAGAUCAUCGAGAUGGCGAUCCGCCAUAUGAAGCAUCUUCAGGGCGUUCGACAAGACACCAAGCAUUCGCCGGUGACGCCGGUGCACGCCCAUCCCGAGGACAGCGUGGACAGCAUAUCGCACUCGACCGCGGCGUCCUCGGCCGCGGAGCACUAUCGGCUGGGCUUUCAGGAGUGCUUGAGCGAGACGAUGCAUUUUCUCGUGGAGGUCGAGGGCUUCUUCGCGAGGGACUCCCUCUGCGUGCAGCUCAUCAACCACCUGCAGCAGCACUGCGACAAGAUCUUAGCCACGAGUGACCGACUAGGCUUCCCCCAUCACGAGCUGCCGGUAUCGAACGGCAGCGCGAUCAACGGCGCCGGCUACGCGCACACGAGCAUUCCGACGAUCUGCCAACCGAACGGCCACUCGGACCACGGCUCGAGCUCGUCCGGCGUGAGCUCGUUCGGCGACCCCGAGCGUCCGCUGCGGCCUGCGCUCGUGCCGCCGCCGACGAUCGUCAGCGACGACAGCAACCACAGCAGCCACUCGCACAGCACGCCGCCCACGGCCUCGUCGUGCCGGCCAGCCAACUACAAGUUCAAGAGCUCGAUUAAGCAGAGGUUCUCGGCGGAGCGGGUCAAGUCGAGCUCACCGCCCGUGGCCGGCCUCGGCGGCGGUUGCGGCCUGGACAAGCCGAUAUCGUCAUCAUCGUCGUCACAUGGAGUGCCGAUCUUCGCCCUGCACGAAGCUGGCUCCUUCUACGUGCCGUUGACGGUCGAGGCGUCCUUGGUUAGGCCGCACCUCAGCUUCAUUCCGGACACCGGGCCCGACACGGUCCUCCACCCAGUUACGAUAUCGGUCAACUUCAACCACUCGACGCCGCCAGCGUGGUCGCAACACCACAGCCCGAUUCAUCAGCAUCAAACAUAAUAGACAGGGGGAGAGAGAAAAAGAGAGAUACAGAGAGAAAGAGAGAUCAGACGUGCUUUGUCGUCCGGAUUCUCGAUGGUGAAACCGGCAUCGUGUCUGUAGCGUUUUUCGCCGAGAAUCACGAUGCGGUUUGUGGCUCCUCCUCUUACUCUGUUAGCUGCGAUGAACGCGACGAGAGCCGCCUGUGUGCGACUAAUUAGCACCAUCCGUGCCGAAGUCCCGUUUCCGUCGUCGAGAAUACCACUCGGAAACGUCAUGGACCAUCGGCGUCGAGGAGUCGAAGACGUUGGUUAAACACGUUGAAUGCCGCGGUGACUUCCGUCAGCUGUAUGUAAAAACUUAUAUCCGAUGAUUGAAUCAUUAAAGGUAAACAAAGUCUCGUUCGGGACGCAUAUAUUUUCGCUUUGUUUCAUCAACUGCUUAUUGGCUGCACAAUCGAUUUCUCGAAUGUAAUUAAUUAAACUCUAGACGCAACUCAAUGAGACGCGACAGUGCCACCGGCGACUGUCACGGCAUACAACGUGUUAAACGAUAGACUUUCUCCAGCGCUCGUCGACGAGUUUUUGCGGUCAUGCUCGUGCA